AUCAGAAAAGGUAUUGGAAGAGAAAAGGAUGCAGCAUUUUAUCUGAUGGAUGGACAGAUGGACGGAAUAGGACUCUUCUCAACUUCUUGGUGGCUUCAAAUGGUGCAAUGGUAUUCAUAAAGUCUGUUGAUGCCUCAAAUGAAAUAAAAAAUGCAGAGACUUUGUGUAAUCUGUUGGAUGGUGUGGUUCGGGAAGUUGGAGUUGAGAAUGUUGUCCAAAUUAUCACGGACAACGCAGCUGCAUAUGUAUCUGCAGGUAGAAUGCUUAUGCAGAGGCAUCCUUCGAUUACAUGGAGUCCUUGUGCUGCACAUUGCUUGGACUUGGUGCUAGAGGACAUUGGGAAGAUUGGAUGGGUGAAGAAGGUGGUUGAAGAUGCAAAAAGUGUCACCAAAUUCAUCUACAACCAUACUUGGGUGCUUGCUUUGAUGAGAAAAUACACAAAUGGCAAGGACCUUGUGCGACCUGGAGUGACACGAUUUGCUAGCCACUUCAUCACUUUGCAGAGCAUUCUUAGUGCCAUUCCUCAUCUUAAGCAGAUGUUUGUGUCAGAUGCUUGGUUGGGGUCUGCAUACUCCAAAAGACCUGAAGCAGAGAAGAUUGUGACCAUUGUUUUUGAUGAUGGGUUCAAUAAAAGUGGAGAGGAGUUGACUGCGGUGACAGAACCUUUGGUGAGGGUUCUUCGUAUGGUGGAUGGAGAGGGCAUGCCAAUGGGUUUCAUUUAUGAGGCCAUGGAUAGGGCCAAAGAGGCCAUUUCACAUUACUAUCGUGGAAAUGCAAGAAAAUGUGAAAUCUUUUGGCGCAUCAUUGAUCGUAGGUGGACAAACCAACUCCACCAACCGAUACAUGCCUUCGCCUACUUUUUGAACCCGAAAUUCUACUUCUCUGAUUCAUUUAGGGCUGAUGAGGAGGUCAUGGCAGGUGUUAUUACAUGCAUUGAUAAGAUGACACCUGAUCCUGAGUUGAGAGACAAGGUUCUUGAUGAGUUGGAGAUCUACAAAAGUGCAGAGGGGAGACUCUUCUCAUCACAACUAGCAAUUGAUAGGAGAGGAAAACAACAACCAGAUUUAUGGUGGGAGAAUUAUGGUGCCGGCACGCCUAAUCUUCAAAAGAUAGCUAUCCGUGUUUUGUCUCAGCCAUGCAGUGCUUCUGGGUGUGAACGAAAUUGGAGUGUCUUUGAAAGCAUUCACACAAAGAAGAGAAAUAGAUUGUCACAAAAGCGGCUCAAUGAUCUAGUAUUUGUUCGGUACAACCUUCGCCUUCGAGUUAGACAGGUGGAGGGUGUUUCACAUGAGGCCAUUGACUUGGAUGAAAUUGAUCCAUAUGGUGAUUGGACCAUGAAUGAACAAAAUGAUGGUGAUGAUGUCCUCCUUACCGAAGAAGAAAUUGCAGAAAUAGAGAGAGGAGCAGCACAAGAUGCAGAAGGAGCAAGAUUGGAUGAAGAUGAGGACGAAGAUGAGGAUGAUGAUGAGGACUAUGACUUUGAAGAAGAAUCAUCUCACCAUUUAGAUACCACAACACCCACUGCUACUACUUCUAGCUCAAGGCCUGAAAAAUUGAGCUAUAUUAGGAAAAAUACAAAGAGGAAGAUGUAGUCUUCUCUUUGGUUUGUUCAUUCACAUUGCUGUUUUUCACAUUUGCAGUUGGACUUGGACAUAUCAUUAUAUGUAAUUUUGUGAACAUUUAUAUACUUAUGCUGCCAUUAUAGUAUUAUACAUUUUAGAGUUGAAACUUGAAACUUGAAUAUGCUGCCAUGAAUGAUG